CUGGGACAACACCAUCAGAGCUCCAAUCACUAGCUACACUAGCUGUAAGAAAGAAAAAGGCGUACUCAAUACAGAAGAGAAUCAUAGAUUUUUUCGAUAUUAUCAUUGAAUAGUUUGGAAAAUUAUUUCAUUCUGUAGUUGGAUCAACGUUCACUUAUUUACCAAGAAUGCAUAAGACAACUUCAAUGAUGGCAUUACUUUUUAUCCUAGUUGCAAUAUUUGCAUGGAAUUGUCAUGCCAGACCAAGUACUAGAGGAAGGGGGAACAUCGAAGAUCUAAUUCGUAGACCAAAUUCAUUCGAAGAGGAAUUGCUAGACUCCAUUGUAUUCAGGGACAGACCAAAAAGGCAAGCGAUUAGGACUACUGUUAGGAUAAAUGCUAGAUUACAAAGCAAAUAUGGAUGGUUCUUAGCGAUUAAAGACGACGGCAGUGUUAAAGGAACUACCUAUAAUAGUCCAAAUGCUGUUCUUCGACUAGAAGUCGUUGGUAAAAGCUUACUUCGAAUUUAUGGCAUAAAAGUGAAGAAAUAUCUUGCAAUGGAUGCCAAAGGACGGCUAUACUCAACGAGCCAGCUUAAUAAUGAUACUUUAUUCAAUCAGUACCAGGGACCAUUAGGUUUUAACACAUUUUCCUCUGCGACUCAUCUUAGCAAAUCUCAAAAGAAAAUGUACGUGGCUUUGCGUGACAAUGGAGAAACCAAGAAAGGAUCUCGAACGAAGGGAACCCAUAAAUCGGCACAAUUCACAGUUGUAAGACUCACUAAGUAAAUAAUUCCGUGAGUGAAUUCAUAUUUGUUGAGCAAGUAUUUUUUAGUACUUUUAGCUGGCUAAAAAACAAAGCUAGAAGAUUCUAAACUAGAAUAUUAAUUUGUAUACGUAUAAGAAGAAUAUAUUUAUUUUGAAAACGUAAUUAAUAGAUAAUUAAUAAAUCAUAUCACUCGAGAAAUUAAAUAUAUAUAUCUAUAUAGAGAGAAAAAUUCUAAACGAAAAUCAAAAUUAUUAUACAAAAUUAUGCAUGUGUUGAAAUUUGUGAACCAAAAUGCUUUUUGAUCGCCUCCGAGAAACGAAGAGUUCUGAAGAAACAUAACUGUAUUUUGAUUGGCUAAGCCAGCAAAAUUUAGAACCAAUGAAUUCAGUUCUGUUCCGUAGGGUUCGCCCAAAUCUAAAGUUGUUGGCCUCAGACCAAAAGAAACGUGGGCUCUAGAAACGAGAACGACCGAAAGGAACUCUGGAUAAUCAGAUAUUGAUUAUUCUAAACAUCAAACAACUUUACAAUAUAUUAGGCCGAUUUUGAAAAGUAAUUUAUCCCGGUAGUUAUAUAAGGAGUAUUAAAUAAAGAAUUUUUAAAUUGCACAAAGAAACAUAAAAACGUGUUUCAAAUUCAAUUAAUUUUCACUAAAAAAUAUAAUUCCUUAAUGAAAAUGUUUCUCUCUUCAAAGCAUUUAAAAUAUAGUAUAUUUAUUUAAUUAGCUAGAAAAUAUUUAAAUUCAGCAAAAUAGGUUUAUAUAUGGAAGUCUUUUAGUUAUGAUUAGCUAAUUGAAUCAAUUGAAUUUUUAACAUUUAAGGCAUUUAUUCACAAAAGACAAACCUAUAAAAUAUUAUAUAACUUAUUCAAAAAAAUUUAAAUCUAUGAAAUAAUAUAAGAUAUAAGAAGUUGAUGAUAUAUUGUUACAUUAUUGAAUGUAGUUAGAUUAUUGGUAAGUAAUAGUAUUAUAGUAUUAUCAUAUUUGUUAUGUGUAUGCCGUAUAUAUAUGGUAUUUUUUUAGUAAGCGGUAUUGUAAUUCACCCCACAAAGUGGUAGAUGUAGAUCUGUGUCAGAUGGAAAUAUGUUCUAUCCAAUGGAAUAUCUAAUAAAAAAAAUUAAAUGAAGAA